AUGGUUUUAUCUCCUCUGAGAUUACUAAAUCCUGUAACAUAUAAGUUUGUAUCUACAAUUUUUUAUUCUGCGAAAAUAAUAGGGAAAAGUAAUCCAAAACGAUUAUGGAAUCAGUAUUCCUAUUUUCUAAGGCGUAUAGUUGGAGUGUCAGCCACCUUUGCCUUUUUUUGGCCUGUAAAGAAGAAAAAACAUGUUAUAGAAAGGACUGCAACAGGUCAGCCAAUAGUAGUAUUGGAUGUAGCUGAUAAUUUAUUUGAAAGUGGUCAUUAUGAACAAUGUUAUGACUUACUAAAAGAGUAUGAGUUGGAGAAUUCUGUGGAAAUUCAAUGGCGUAUAUGUCGAGUUUUAUAUAAUAUGUCUAAAGAGCAGAAGUAUGAUCGUCAAUACAAGAAAACACUUUUACUUGAAGCAUAUGAAAUUAUAUCAGAGCAAUUAGAAAAGAACCCAGAUCAUUAUGCUGUACACAAAUGGUAUGCAUUACUGGUAGAUGCAAAAAGUUCCCAGGAUGGUAUCAAAGAGCGGAUAAGGCAAUUAGAAACAGUGAAAAAGCACAUGGAUAUGGCUGUAACAUUAAAUCCAAACGAUGCAACCAUUCUAUACAUGUUGGGCGAAUGGUGUUUUCAAAUAGCUGAAUUACCGUGGCAUCAGAGGAAAAUAGCUAAUGUCUUGUUUGCAUCGCCACCACACUCCACUUAUGAAGAUGCUCUUGAUUAUUUCUUAAAAGCAGAAUCAGUUAAACCUCGGUUUUAUAGUUUUAACUUACUUAGAAUUGGCAUUUGUUACUUCAAGCUUAAAAAAGAAGAUCAGGCUAAGUAUUAUCUUAGACUAGCUGCCAGCUAUCCAGCGAAGACAAACGACGAUCAUACAGCAAACACAACAGCAGCUGAAUAUUUAAAAAAACUAAAAGCCUAUUAA